UAAGGAGUCCGGAACUCCGGAGUGGAAGCAACCGAAGCGAAGGCGAAGCGUAGUGAAGCGAGCACGAGCGCUCACCGACGAUGGCGACGAGGGCGUGGGCAGCCUCAACCGCGGCCUUGAGCCCUCCUCUCCUGACUCGCCGCUCCUGCUCCCGGGCGCCGUCGGCUUCCCCCGCGCGUCGCUCGGCGGCGGCGGGGCUCCGGCUGCGCAGCCGCCGCCCGCGGCCGGCGAAGUUCGAGUGCCGCCGCGCCAAGAACGCCGGGUACGAGGACUACAAGUUCCCGGACCCCAUUCCGGAGUUCGCCGAGCAGGAGACGAGCAAGUUCAGGGAGCACAUGGCGUGGCGGCUGGAUCAGAAGAAGGAGGACUACUUCGGGGAGCACGUCGAGGAGAUCGUCGACAUCUGCACCCAGAUCUUAGGGUCCUUCUUGGAAAACGAUUACUGCGGACCAGGGACGCUCCUGGUUCACCCAUUCCUGGACAUGAAGGGCGAGAUCAAGGAGAGGGGGCUUCCGGGUGCACCUCAAGCUGCCCGUGCGGCGAUCGCCUGGGCUGAAAAGAACAUCGACAAGGAUUGGAAGGCCUGGACUGGGGAAUACUAGGGCUAGUUAACCCCCCUUCCUUUUUCUCGUGUUUGCUGUAUUAGCUGUUGUAUCUGUAGUUUGUCUUUCACUCUUUCAGUGUAGACUUGAAGGUAGAACUCUAGAUUAGUCGUCACGUCUUACGAGCUCUAGAACCACAAAAUUUUGAUCCUCUCGUUCUGAUGAAGGUGUGAUUCUUCUUUUUUCCAAAGUGCGAUUACCAGUAUCGCUGUUGUUCCCUGAUGGCUAAAACUUUUUUUCAGCAAA